UGGAUAUACUCCUUGACACACAUGCGUGACAUUUAAAUAUUUCUCUCACAAAUCCAAAUUCUGCCCCAUUAUAUUAGCAUCUGAAAAAACGUAAAAUAUAAGUACUAAUAUUAGCGGAUCCUUUCCCUUCCUUUUCUAUUAGCAACUCCAAAUUUAAUGCUUACAAAUCCAUCUUUUUUUUAAUGUUUUUUCUCAACCCUAGCAGAGAGAAAGAGAGAUAGAUUGCUGUGUAUGUAUAUAUAUUAUUUUAUUAUAUAUAUAUAUAUAUAUAUAUAUAUAUAUAUAUAUAUAUAUAUUAGAGGAGCAAAUCUAUACAGAUUUACAGCAAACUCAUAGGGUGGAUUGCAUCUGAUUUGAAAGGUACAUAUAUAUUUUGAAAAAUGGCAGAUGCCAUGUCAAACUUUUGGGGUCCUGUAACAUCUACCAAAGAGUGGUGUGAGCUAAAUUAUGUCCGCUCCUCCUAUAUUGCAGAGUUCUUUAAUACCAUAUCAAAUGUUCCAUGCAUAAUUUUGGCUUUGAUUGGUCUUGUGAAUGCCCUCAAACAGCGGUUUGAGAAAAGGUUUAGUGUCCUUCAUAUGUCAAAUAUAAUACUUGCCAUAGGGAGCAUGAUAUAUCAUGCGACGUUGCGGCAGAUGCAACAGCAAGGUGAUGAGACACCCAUGGUCUGGGAAAUGCUGCUCUAUAUUUACAUCAUUUAUUCACCAGAUUGGCAUUACAAGAGUACAAUGCCCACUUUUUUGUUCCUUUAUGGUGCUGCAUUUGCCAUUCUGCAUUCACAGAUUCGCUUUGGUCUUGGUUUCAUGCUACAUUAUGCACUAUUGUGCAUUCUUUGCAUUCCUCGCGCAUAUAAGUAUUACAUUCAUACAGAAGACAGAUCCGCAAGGCAGCUUGCAAAGUUAUAUGUGGCCACUUUAUUAGCUGGAGCUGUUUGCUGGCUGUGUGAUCGUCUAUUCUGCAAGGACAUUUCACGCUGGUACUUUAAUCCACAAGGUCAUGCAGUAUGGCAUGUCCUUAUGGGUUUUAAUGUGUACUUCGCAAAUGCAUUCUUGAUGUAUUGCCGUGCUCAGCAAAGAGAAUGGAAUCCAAAAAUCAAGCACUUCCUCGGAUUUUUGCCAUACGUAAAGAUCCAUAAACCGAAAGCUCAGUAGCAGAAGUUAUUACUCCGAACUCACCCUGUAAGAAAAAGCAGUGCAUGAAAUGGCACCAAGGAGCAAGGUGCCAUGCCAGGACUCGUGAAUUUUUGUCUUCUCCAAUGCGGAGUAUUGUGUAUAUGAAAGUUUGAAUCAGUUUACUGGUUUGGGUAGUAAUCAAAUUUUUUACUGUACAA